CUAUCCCGAGACAGCCAGAGACAGAGGCGAGGUCUUGCGCAAGAAAACCAAAAAUUUUCACUUGCUGCAACUAAAACUAGAUUUUCCGUGUUUUCUCAUCAAAUUGUGAUAAAUAGGAGUGCAACAAACGCCAACAUGUCCACCUACGUUGCGUUACGUGCAAUUGUCAACCCAGUGGUUCGCAAGACUCUGACCCAGUUCUUGUUUAACACCGGCGCCAGCCUGAAUGUGAUCCGACCAACUACCAUCUCCCAGAAACGAUUCUACGCCGAGAAGGUAGUGUUCAAGCGAGACAAACCGCACUGCAACGUCGGUACGAUUGGGCAUGUCGACCACGGCAAGACUACCCUGACGGCUGCGAUUACCAAGGUGCUCGCCGAUCAGGAUUUGGCCGAAAGCAAGAAGUAUGCCGACAUUGACAACGCUCCGGAAGAGAAGGCAAGAGGAAUUACAAUCAACGUUGCUCAUAUUGAGUACCAGACGGAGAACCGGCACUACGGCCAUACCGAUUGUCCGGGACACGCCGAUUACAUUAAGAACAUGAUUACCGGAACGGCUCAAAUGGACGGUGCAAUUCUGGUAGUGGCCGCUACCGACGGUGCUAUGCCGCAAACGAGAGAACAUCUGCUGCUGGCCAAGCAGAUUGGAGUCGAUCACAUCGUCGUGUUCAUCAACAAGGUCGAUGCGGCCGAUCAGGAGAUGGUGGAUCUGGUGGAGAUGGAAAUCCGUGAGUUGAUGUCGGAGAUGGGUUUCGAUGGAGACAACGUUCCCGUAAUCAAGGGCUCGGCUUUGUGCGCUUUGGAGGGCAAGAGUCCGGAAAUCGGAGCCGAUGCGGUGAAGAAGUUGCUGGAAGAGGUCGACAAAUACGUACCGACGCCGACUCGGGACUUGGACAAGCCGUUCUUGUUGCCGGUCGAAUCGGUGCACAGUAUUCCCGGACGUGGUACCGUUGUCACUGGACGUAUGGAGCGUGGAACGCUCAAGAAGGGCACGGAAUGCGAAUUUGUCGGUUACAACAAGGUUAUCAAAUCGACCAUCACCGGCAUCGAGAUGUUCCACAAAAUCCUCGAGGAAGCCCAAGCCGGCGAUCAGCUAGGAGCCCUGGUGCGUGGUAUCAAACGUGACGACAUCAAGCGUGGUAUGGUGAUGUGCAAACCGGGUUCGGUCAAAGCCAACGACAACUUCGAAGCCCAGGUGUACAUUCUGAGCAAGGAGGAAGGCGGUCGCCACAAGCCAUUCACCAGCUUCAUCCAGCUGCAGAUGUUCUCGCGUACGUGGGACUGUGCCACACAGGUGCAGAUUCCCGGCAAGGAGAUGGUCAUGCCCGGUGAGGAUGCCAAGUUGCAACUGCGUCUGAUGAGGCCCAUGGUCAUUGAGCAGGGUCAGCGAUUCACCCUUCGCGAUGGACACAUUACCCUGGGAACCGGCGUUGUCACCAAGCUGCUUUCGCCACUGACCGACAAGGAACGAUCGGGGCUCGUUGAGGGCAAGAAGGCACGAGAGAAGGCCAGUGAAAAGGCUUAAACUUUGGGCGCAGUGCGGAACGGGCACGUUCCGGUGUCUUUUUGCUUUUAAGUACACAUUGUCAAAAUGUUUAUCGGUUAAGUCUGGAUUGCUAUUAGAUGAGUAGUUCCAAGCAAAACGUAUUGCUAAUAUAUUACGAACUAUUGAACUAAA